UUUUCGUUUCCUGCCGUUUGUUUGCGCCUAUUUAUUUUGACCCUGCGAGUUAUUCUAAAUACCUUUUACCUUUACAUUUAUUUGCUCUUUUUAUAUAAUGCGCUGCUUUCCGUAUAUUCAUCGCGAAACAGGUUUUGUUCCGAGACCGUCUUCUGUUAAACAUCCUAAUGUUUGCUUGUUUGUUGGUUUCGGUGGAUAUGGACUAAAUUAAAAACUGUAUAAAUGCACCUUCCGUCGAAAAGAUACUCUGCAUUUGAAAUCGAAGAGGUGUGCGUGCCCUGGGUGCAGCCUGGCCUGUGCUGUGGUGGCAAUGAAGAACCCAGGAGCUGCGGAGGGCCGCCGACUGGUUGGCCUCCUGGAGGCUGCUCUGGUCAGGGAGGCCCGCCUCUGGAAGGUAACUGUCUUCAAGAAUGGAUGCAUCCAGGGCACUGACAUCUCUUCAUCCCAACACCAAGACAUGAUCCUUUGGCUUGGAGAGAUGAGCAGAUUGUUCCAGUUUUGUCCAGAGACCUUUGCACUGGGAGUCUGUAUCCUCAACCGUCUGCUGUCCACUGUCAAGGCCCAGCCAAAGUACCUGAAAUGCAUUGCUUUUACCUCACUGGUCCUGGCUGCCAAAAUCAAUGAGGAAGAUGAGGUAAUAGGCUCUGUUAAAGACCUGGUUGUGCAGAGCAGAUGCAACUUUUCCACAGCAGAGAUUCUUCGCAUGGAGAGGAUCAUUCUAGACAAGCUUCACUGGGACUUGUACACUGCAACACCAGUUGACUUCAUUCACAUAGUAAGUUGGAAUUAAGCAGACAGACAAGCAAACAUAACAGCCCCCACCCCACCCACCGGACCUGAUGUGUCAGAGCAUCUCAUAGUAGGCUGCUUUGUGAAUUCAGGUCCUGCGUUGCUUAAAAACACAGCAGUACAAAAAGCACACAUUACACCAUCAUGCUUGCAACCACCGCCCCCACAGUAAAGAAUUGGUCCUCGUAGAGAUUGUGCAUAUAUUCGAUUUGACUCAUUGUGCCCAUGAUUAUUCUGACCUCCAUUCAUUCCUGGUUGGAGUGUGUUCUUGAAGUCAGGCUUCUCACUAAUGCAAGAUCAAAUUAGAGGACAUGUUAGACUUGCAUUUGGUUUUCCAAUGCGUCAGAACAAAGUUGAGCACAGCAUAAUUAAAUAUUGAUUUUACUACAUAAUAUUAUGCUGUUGGACCUCAGCUGUGAUCACACUGCUACAGCAAAGACAUUUUAUUAUUUCUAAGUUCUAAUCUAUAAUGGAACAGUUCAACUUGCUUUAAACACCUGCUAAGUGCUUUAUGGUCACAUCAUAGUCUAAAUGCUGUGUAAAGGUCUCUUUCCAAUCCUGUGCAAAAGGGACAAAAGCAUUUUGGCGAAACCCAGUAUAUCCCAGGCCCAGUACCCGCAUCAUGUGUCCAUGGACAAAAAGCAAUAAAGAUAUGUUUGAUCUGAAUAGAGCUGUAUGGCAUUCCUCUUAACCACAUAAGACUGCAUUUACAAGCUGCCAGCAAAACAACAGGCAUGUUGCAUAUCAGGCCAAGGCACUUCUAACUGUUCCCCACAGCCCGACACUGCAAGAAUAUCUCUGCUGUCAAAUCUCAAAUGUAACAAAAAUGUGGACGGUGUGGGUUGUUAGCAUAUCAGUAACAUGCUGUGGAUCGUAGAGCCUGCUUCUAACGUCAAAGCUGACAUGUCAUUGUUAAAACAAAUCUCAUGCUGUGUUACUCAGUUUAUGGCACAAUGUUGUUACAUAGCUAAAAAGCAUAUUGAUUGAAUGAGGAGGCAGAAUAGGUUGUAGGGCAGCAGUCGGAUGCUUUAUGAAGACAGCCUGUAAUUUUCUUGGCAGAAAUAGUUCACACAUUGUAUUGAUCCACACUUGGAAGGUUCUCUGCUGAGAAGGAUUUCUCAGCCACGAUUCAUCUGUAAAACAGAUCUGACAGUGCUUAUUAAAAGAUCUUGAUUUACUCACCCAGGAAAUACCCCCACCUGCUUUGUUAAGUCUUGUGAACUGGACUGACUCGUGUCACUGUUCCUCACUUUUGGUUUGUGGAUCUGACUGAUACUGGUGUCACAGGUUUACAGUGUGGAUCUGUUACUGUCCUAGCACUUCACUAAGUAAUACAAAAUACAAGACUUUUAAAGUAAAGAGACAACAUAUUAAUAAAAACUAUAAUAAAAUAAAGACAUUUUCUCUUUCUAUAUUAUUCAAAUAAAUAUUUUUCAAAUACUUUUUACUAUAUUAGAUAGCUCACAUUCAUAUUCCCCUGCCCUUCCAAAAUAGUGUUGUUCUCCAUUGUCUAUAAAACAGCAAUUAUUAAAAUCUCUCGUGUCACAGACUUUCCACUCUGACUCUUUGAAAGGCAGAAUCAGAUCACAUCUUUCACCAUCUGAGAUUGUAUCAUGAACUCCAAACACACACCAUUUUCUUUGCUUGCUACAUUACCCUGAAUUGCCUAUAUUUCCAAAAGAAGGAAAACUUGAGGAAGAAACUUUAGAGAGUUCUAAGAUGAGCAACUGUUUUAGUGACUGCUUUUCAACUUUCACACCACAUCGCUCAAUCUACCUCCCAGGGAACUACACCCAUGGCUUAUUUUGGCUUUAACAAAGCCAAAAUAUAUAAUAUAUUUUGGCUUAAACAAAGCAUGAAUUAAGGAAACUAAAAAAAAACAAACAAAAAAAAACCAUUAUGUGCAAACUAAUGGAUGAUUUUCUUCACCAGCCACUUGUCGACAUCUUGCUAGCACUCUUUAUUUAAACCAAAGAACAAAGUUGGCUUGCUAGCCUGAGCCCCUUGGUUUCAAUAAAGCAGCUAACAAAUGGUUUCAUAAAAGUAUGAAGAAACUUUUUAAAAGGCAAAGUACAUAGUUUUUUCUACACUGAACUCGGGUUCAGGUUGCGAUUUUAAAUUCCAGCUAAAAACAGGAACACAGAAAAGCACUGCACAUAUGACGCAAGA